AUGCUAAUGCUAAACCAAACAGAUGUGACUCCAGCCUCGUUCAUUCUUAAUGGGAUCCCAGGACUGGAGGACAUGCACAUGUGGAUUUCCUUCCCAUUCUGCUCCAUGUAUGCUGUGGCUAUGGCAAGGAAUCGUGGGCUCCUCUACCUCAUCUGCUAUGAGGACUCCCUGCACAGGCCCAUGUACUACUUUUUAGCUAUGCUUUUCCUAACUGGCCUUUUUAUAUGCUCUAGUACAGUCCCUAAAGCCCUAUGCAUCUUCUGGUUUCAUUUCAGGGAAAUCAGCUUUGAUGAAUGCUUGGUUCAGAUAUUCUUCAUCUACACCUUAACAGGGAUGGAGUCUGGGGUGCUCAUGCUUAUGGCCCUGGACCGCUAUGUGGCCAUCUGCUACCCUCUGCGCUACUCAACUAUCCUCACUAAUACUGUUAUUGCAAAGGCCGAACUCUCCACUUUGCUCAGAGGGGCGUUACUCAUCAUUCCAUUCACUUUCCUCAUCAAGCGCCUUCCCUAUUGCAGAGGCGAUAUAAUUCCUCAUACCUACUGUCACCAUAUGUCUGUAGCCAAAUUAUCGUGUGGAAAUAUCAAGGUCAAUAUUAUCUAUGGUCUGAUGGUUGCCUUUCUGAUUGGGGGCUUUGACAACCUGUGCAUCACAGUCUCUUACACCGUGAUCCUCCGGGCAGUGGUCAGCCUCUCCUCAGCAGAUGCUUGGCCGAAGGCCUUCAGCACCUGCACUGCUCACAUCUGUGCCAUUGUUUUCUCCUACAGUCCAGCUUUCUUCUCCUUCUUCUCCCACUGCUUUGGGGGCCACACAAUUCCUCCAUCUUGCCACAUCAUUGUGGCCAAUCUUUAUCUGGUCCUACCUCCCACCAUGAAUCCUGUUGUCUAUGGGGUGAAAACUAAGCAGAUACGAGACUGUGUCAUAAGGAUCCUUUCAGGUUCUAAGGACAUCAAAUCCCAUACCAUAUGA